UUCAUUAACCUUAAUAAUGUAGCCACGACUCCUUGGGGUGAUGUGCAAAAGUCGAAGCAUCGUCAAAACGGCGGCGUAUUCAUCUCCUCCUGCCCGUUUUAUCCUGCAACUAUGCCGUUGCUAGUCACUCCUCCUACCUUCUCCAUCUUCAUAUCUUCAAAACUAUCAAAUCCACCAACACACGAUGGGUACUUUUAGGAACGCUUCCUCAACCUCCAAAAAGGUGCAGAAACAGGAAAGAGAAUGGUUGGGAGUGAGUUUCAAGCCAGAGAACUUCAUUCCGGGCCUAAUUAUCGGGUUCAUAUUUGGGUUUUUGUUGGACUUAUCCAAGCCCGCCAAGACUUCUGGUGGGAAGAAAGUUGGCGGCUCGGUGCUUGGCAGAAAUCAUCAGCAACCAAGAAUUAUGUUCACCAACGGUGAUGAAGAGCUGAAAAUGGUUUUAGUAGUUAGGCAAGACCUGAAGAUGGGAUGUGGAAAGAUCGCUUCUCAAUGUGCUCAUGCUGCCACUGGCAUAUAUUCAGAAAUUAUGUACAGCCACCGGUCUCUUCUGAGGCAAUGGGAACUUUGCGGGCAACCAAAAAUAGUUGUUACAUGCAAGAAUCAGCAAGAAAUGAAUAAGCUGAAGGAUACUGCGGAGAGCAUCGGCCUUCCAACUUUCACAGUUGCCGAUGCUGGGAGAACUCAGGUUUCUGCUGGUUCUAAAACAGUUCUUGCAAUUGGACCUGUUUUUGUGGCGGAACAGGAAAUAAAUCAGCUGUGGAUUCAGUGACUGGGAAGUUGCGGCUGCUUUGACGAUGCUGGCUCUGUUCUUUCAUAGAUAUAGCUUGGAGACUGAUUGCUAUAAUUCUUCAGUUCUCUGUAGCUCCUCCUAAUGUAUAGGACCUUGCUAUGAAUUUCUACUCUUAUUGUAACAUUACCAACACAGCCAUGGAAGAUCUUUUCCCUUAAUCAUACUGAACUUGAUCUCUUGCAAAGCUGGAAAAAGAGCAGUUCUUGAUGUUCUAAA